AAUGAAAAUUUUAAUAUGAGAACUGAGACUGGCAGCUGAAGACUGAGGUCGGCGAAGGAGUUUUCGACGAGGAUCAGCUCCGUUCAAUUUCAGUGAUAUAAAAUCUCACCUUGAAGAGAGAAAAAAUGUCAAGUGGCGGUCAUAUUAUGGCGGGCAUAGAAGAAGAAGAAGAAGAAGAAGAAGAAGAGAACAUGGCUGCUUGGCUGCUUGGAAUCAAGAACCUUAAAAUUGGGCCUUACCACCUUCCUUCUCUUGGUCCUCAUGAUGUUAAAGUUCGGAUAAAGGCUCUUGGUAUCUGCGGAAGUGAUGUUCAUCACUUCAAGACAAUGAGAUGCGCAAAUUUUAUUGUCAAAAAGCCAAUGGUCAUAGGACAUGAAUGUGCUGGGGUCAUAGAGGAAGUUGGGAGUGAAGUGAAAACUCUAGCAGUGGGAGACCGUGUAGCAUUGGAGCCUGGAAUCAGUUGCCGGCGAUGCAAUCUCUGCAAAGAUGGUCGCUAUAAUCUAUGUCCUGAAAUGAAGUUCUUUGGAUCUCCGCCAACUAAUGGUGCUCUUGCCAAUAAGGUAGUGCAUCCUGCAAAUCUAUGUUUCAAACUACCUGAAAAUGUGAGUUUGGAGGAAGGAGCAAUGUGUGAACCCCUCAGUGUUGGAGUCCAUGCUUGUCGCCGUGCAAAAAUUGGUCCUGAUACAAACGUAUUGAUCAUGGGAGCAGGACCCAUAGGCCUUAUCACCUUGUUGGCUGCUCAUGCAUUUGGUGCUCCUAGAGUUAUGCUUAUUGAUGUUGAUGGUCAUCGUUUAUCCAUUGCAAAGAAACUUGGUGCAGAUGAAAUUCUUCAAGUCUCAACAAACAUUGAGGAUGUUGGUGAAGAAGUACAAAAGAUACAAAGUGCUAUGAGCUCAGGCAUUGAUGUGAGCUUUGACUGUGUUGGGUAUGCCAAAACCAUGUCUACAGCUCUGAAUGCCACACGUUCAGGUGGCAAAGCUUGCCUUAUUGGGUUAGCCUUGAGUGAGAUGACUGUCCCUCUCACUCCAGCUGCUGCAAGGGAGGUUGAUAUUAUUGGCAUAUUUCGAUAUAGGAACACAUGGCCACUCUGCAUUGAAUUAUUGAGGACUGGUAAGAUUGAUGUUAAGCCCUUGAUAACUCACAGGUUUAGCUUCUCGCAAGAGGAGGUAGAAAAAGCCUUUGAAACUAGUGCUGGUGGCAGCAAUGCUAUUAAGGUCAUGUUUAACCUGUAAGCGCAUUCAAGCAGAUGCUGUUACUGAUUCUAAGCUUUCUUCAUUUUCUGUAAUUCAAUGGAGGAAGCUGAUCUCUGUAUGUAUCAAAAUAAAUAAAUAAAAUACAAUGUAUUGUG